AUGGCGCCAGUCAGCUUGUUUGACUGCCCAGACGAGGUCGUCGACGGCAUCAUCGAGCUCCUCCCAGGAAACGCCAUAAAAGCCUCACGACUGACCUCCAAGCGACUUAACCGCAUCGCAUCGCGUUACCUAUUCCCGGUCUUGUAUAUUUCUUGUCAUCAGCUGGAUUUCGAUGUCUUUUGCAUGGUCUCCAAGAACCCUCUUCUCAUCGGUGGUGUACGUGAGCUGGUUAUCGACGAUACCACUGUUCCGCCGUCGGUCCGCGACUGGCCAACGUACCAGAAGGUGGUCACCUUCCCAAAGGAUGCAGAUGACCGACGCGACCAUUUGGAACUUGACGAAGGCGAGACCCUUGACCCUGAUUUUAUGAACCGGGAGCCUUCCAAGGUCAAACCCUGUGAAAAGGCCUGGGAGCUCUUCAGCAGCACCGCCCAAGGUCAUCAUGAGAACCGCCUGGCCCACGCAGAUUUCGACGCGCUCAAGAGAGCACUUCCAGGACUCAAGAAUCUCAAGACCCUCGUUCUUACCAACCGCAUGGCAGACGACCGGUUCUCGGAAGGCGCUCAAAGCAGCGUCUCAUCGAGCCCCGUGGUCAAGGUGUGGAGGCGCUUCGAAAGAGAGGGAUAUUUGCCUUUGGUCCCGAGGUGCGACUGGCAUCCGACUACCCAAGGCCUCCAGGACAGGACACCAGUCAACACUAUGGACUGGCUCGAUGACCGACUGGACCUCUACCUUGAGCAGCAAGACGACGAAGCAUUCAAACAAGGCCGCGCCGAAUUCCUGUUUGACUGUGACAGCUCAGAACUUCUCGUCUUGGCACGCGAGGCGCGGGCGAUCUUUCUCGCGCUCCUCGUUCUCGAAGAUCCCAAGCUCCAGUCUCAACUGACUGAGUUCCGAUCCCCAUUCGCCGCACGACUUGGAAGCGGAUUUUCUGCAGCAAUAAACAUCACCAAGCUCGACCUUACGCUUAGUAACUUUUCGUACGGUAUCAUGGGCGACGCGAUUGUGGAGGAAGGCAGACUCCGCCGCAUCUUUGAGUCUAUGAUCCAGCUAGAGGAAUUGUACCUGGAGCCACAUGGAAUGUCAAUCUUUUCCAUUCUUCCUACUGAGGUGACAUUCUCUCGCCUACGAUUUGUUCAACUCAGCUGCGGGCACUUGCACCCCCAGAUGUUCCUCGGCUUCGUCCGGCGCCACGGUGGCACAUUAAAGACACUCAUCAUCGAACACUGCAGCCUCAGGCCCUAUGAUGAGGACCUGCCAUGGUGGAAAGUCACCGACAAGUUGACUGAGUUCCACGACCAGGGCAUUCUCCAGUUAGAAGAAGGGUCCUUUGACAACGUGUUCAAUGGUAAGUCUAUUACCAACUGCGGAAGGAAUGAGACACUGCAGGGCCUCGGGCAGAUCUGGAAGUAUUACGAGGACGAGGACGGGAAGUGGGUUCGCUGGCUGAAUGCGCAGGAAGAGGCUGUCAAUGAGAUGCUGCUGAGUGGUGCUUUCGGCCCUGAUCCGUGA